CACGCUGGAAGCAGGAAUAUGUUGAGUCCUAAGAUAAGACAGGCAAGAAGAGCCCGGUCAAAAAGUCUAGUGAUGGGAGAACAAAGUGGACCUCCUGCCAGGCCAGCUUCCCCCAACCUGUCAGACCGGGCACUGAAGUCUGGCUGGCUAAAGAAACAGAGAAGUAUCAUGAAGAAUUGGCAACAACGCUGGUUUGUGUUACGUGGGGACCAGCUGUUUUAUUACAAGGAUGAGGAAGAAACCAAACCACAGGGAUUUAUUCCACUCCAAGGGAAUCAGGUGACUGAGCUCCUUCCCAAUCCUGAGGAACCAGGGAAGCACCUCUUUGAAAUUACCCCAGUAUCAGUAUGA